CAGAUAAAAGGUCCAAACGGAUGCAAAUGGAACCUGAAGCAGAAUUUAACGAGCCACCCGGCGGACAGACACCGAGACCGAGAAACCGACAACCGCCCUGACAGACAUGAACACCUUCAUAGUUGCUGCAGUGCUGCACGUUUUCCUGUGCUCAUUAUUGGUCCAAUCAGCUCCAAUCAGCUCGCCGUCUGACCUUCCACCUGCGUUCAGAGAAGCAGCCGCGCAAGCGAAGACGCUGGUGGAGAAAAUCCUGAGGGACAUCCCAGCUGUGCAUGGAGCGACUGUGAACACUGAGGGUUUGACACUUGACCCCUCUACCCAGACAGAAAACCUGCAGAUGAUGGCGACAACGCUACGCAUACCUGCUGCACCCGUCCUCAAACCUCUGUCCGAGCGCUUCACACUGGACGUCUGCGUGAGCCGCAUGGCAGCAGGAAGCAGACUGUACCAGGGGCUGCUGGGAGUUUUGUCUGAGAGUCUGGACGGGCUGACCGACCUGCAAGCUGACCUCAGAGAUCUACUAAUGAACAUUAACAAGAUGAAGGAGGCGGCUCAGCUCAGCAGCAGCAGCGAGGACCAGAAUCUGGACUUUCAUCCUCAGGGCAACUUUGAGGUCCAGGUGGCCAUCCAUCUCACGUUGAAACAACUCCGCUCCUUCUGUCAUGACCUGAUCCGCAGCCUGAGAGCCGUCAGGUCAUAAGGAGCACGCAAAGCUGCAGAAACCAGGGGCCCCACCAAGCUGCAUUCAUGACACUGGGAAAAUUAGUAUGGAGUUUAAGUUCAACUAUCUCAGCGUAUGCAAGGAUCUGAUAUGUCUGCUUGUGAGGACUUGCUGGGUUUUUACUUCCCAUGAAUCAGGGAAUGAUGGGCAAAAAACCAACAUCUGUUUUUCAUUCUGGAGCUGCAAACAAACAUCAGGCAGCCGCAUGAUUUGGAACUUCAUCCUGUUCUCAGACACGCUCCAGAUUCUUCUUAGGAAAGAAAUAAUUUAGAUUUCUAUGUUGCAAUGUUUGCUAAGUGAGCCGUCUUUCCAUUGGGUGGAUAACAGCUACUUCAUGUCACAUCUAUUUAUUUAUUUAAUUAUCUAUAAAUCAAGAGGUACUCUUUCAGGGUGUGUGACUGUGAUUGGCCGAUGUGUCGUAACACAGAACUAUCCAGAAGACUAAGCGUGUCCACCUCUUCAGUCAGCGUAAAGAUCAGCGCUCCGCCUCAUCUGUCCCUGAAAACAAUCAGCAGGAAUGCAAACAAGUUUAAAAACCUUCCAGGACCGCAGAGAUGAUAGUGACAGAUCUGAGAUCUGCAGGUCUGAACCUGCUCUCCGUUUACGAGCUGCAGCUCUUUCUGACUGUAGCUGCUUCUGUUUGCAGCUUUUAUGAGGGCUGUGCAGAUCCACAGAAAAAAAGAUUCAAGCUGAAGUCUCUGAAGGAGAACAGAGACGCUUUUAAAGAAGUGAAACUUUUUUUUUCAGCAUAAAUCUGCUGAUCUCAGAAGCACACAGAGAUAGAUCCUUUUCAUGCAGAGACAUUUCACAAACACAGUUUUACAUCCUGAGAUUUAAAGGAUCAAUAUGGAAAUUAACAAAUCAUUUAUUUAGGAUUUUUUCAGAAACAACUAAAAGGCUGCAGAUGUGAAAGAAUAACAAAAACGCCUUAUAUCUACUACCUGAUAUUUUCUGCUCAUAAUGUCCAGAUGGAAUGUGUUUUUUAUUUAUUACUAUUUAUUAGUUAUUUAUGCACACAUUAAUGUUGAUGGCAGUUUUUUCCAUGGGAAUAAUUCUAUUGUUGUGCAGUAUCUGUGCAUUCUGUGAUGGGUGGGGAUUUUUUUAAAACUCAGGUAAAAGGUGAGGGGUCUUUGGGGGACAAUGUGGUGGGUGAGAGAGGUUUAAAGCAAACAGAGAGAGAGUCUGAGCCACUACUGUAGUGGGAAGUUUCUUAAGUUGAGUAACAGCGGCAGUGAUAGCAGCGAUGAUGACACAGGGAUGAUAAAGCCAGAGAGAAAUGAAUUAUGAAAUUAGUGUUUUAUAAUAUCUAUAUGUAUGUUUUUGUCAGAUGAACUCAGCUUUAAAAUUAAAAGUGUAUUUAAGUAAAUUCCAAAUGAACUUAUUUAUAUAUUUAUUAAGAUAACUUUAUUGUGGGGUCUGGUUUGUUGAUGUCUGGAAAUUUAAUAUAUAUUUUUUUAUUCUGAGAUGCAAACUUCCAAUUUGAACUGUUUAUGUGGGUUUAAAUAGUUUUUAAUAAAG